CGGGUCAUCUUCUUUCCGGGAUGGGCCUGUCCGCUCGUACCCUUGUUCUUCGGCCCGACUCUCCCUUUGUCGUUGCGCCGUUAAAAACCGUGCGCUUUUCCGCCGUUCAACGACGAUGACAGUCCUGAAAUUGCAUCAAUCGCCCGCACGUCGCAGUUUCGAUCACCGGGAACUUCGACGACCGUGUCCUGGCAUUAAUGAUCUGUGUACGGCGGAGCUGUUGGUGCGCGCGGCGUCACGCGUUUGUCAAUGUUGCGUCAGUCGGAGUGUGCGGGGAAGUGCGCGCGAGAGAGCGAAAUUCGAAAGAGAAUUCGAGAGACGCUCUCGCGGACGAGGGAGAGACGGGCCCUUCGGCGCGUCUUCCUGAGGGAAGACGACGGCGGAAUCGCGCUCGGUGACGGCGAGCACGGCCUGUCGAUUUCUUUCCGUCCACGGCGAUGGCCACUUAGCGGCGAUCAUCGCGAUCAGUGCGCGGAAAAAUGAGGGAAAUUGCGGCUCGGACGCGAGAAGAAGGCGCUUUCGCCCAUGAGACCGUCGGUCUUUGUCGUCGUUCUCGUUGUUGUUGUGCUUACGUUCGAUCGUUCAACGACCGCAUGCACGCUCGUGAUACGUUUUUGUGGGUGAUCUCGUGAAACGAGGAUUGGCCUCUUCUCGCCGUAAUCCCUCGAAUUCUCGAGUGUUGUCGCCACCCGAGGCGACAGCUCGGAGAACUCGCGAAUGAUGCGUCGGACGGUAACGGGUCAAGAUGUUGGGCAGCUUAGUGAACUACCUGUUCGGAGGGAACUUCUCUGGUACGCAGGAUUCGCUCGAGGGUGAUCCCUUAACGUCUCGCUCGAUAAUGCGGAGGUUUAGGCAGAUGGAGGUCGAGGGCGACGAUUGGAUCCUCAUUAACCGAGCUGCUGAGGGCACGUCGGCGCUGGAGGAGUCGUGGUACGUAACACCACCCGCAUGCUUCACGCAGGUGGGGCCCGUGAUCGUGGAGACAUCGCCUAUGGAGAACCUGCUGAUAGAGCACCCCAGCAUGUCCGUCUACCGCGCGACGACGUCUCAUGUUACUCCUGACACUCCGCCCCCCACGCCGGACACGGCGGAGGAGCUCGAGGAGCCGGUGGGCUUUUUCUUGUUGCCGUUCGCUCUCAUGUCCUCCACGUCCACGCUAUCCACCUCGUCCACGUCCUUGGACUCCAGUCCAGACCGAGAUCGCAACCCCGACCUCAACGACCUCAACGAAUUCGCGCACAGAACCGCCAUCCACGAUGACAGACCGCUCACGUCUGAAUGGAACGACGAGAAUAGAGUUAGGAUAACGAAUCAGCUCCGUUCCGCUCAAAAGGUGCUGCAGAAACGCUCGACUCAGAAGCUGAAGAAGGGCCGUCUGGAGAGAAGCAACAAAGUGCGACAAAUCACGGGCAAACGUCUUCGUCGCCAGGACCGUUUGCGCAUUCAGAACAGUGGCGCGAACAACAACCGGAAAUGCUAG